CUUUAUCAGAGCCCCCAAAAUCAGUGGGAAUGGGCAGUGACUGCUCACAUUCAGCACACCUUUUCCAUUUGCUAAUAAGGCCCUGCCAGGCUGGGAGGGAGUUAUCUCUGCGGGACUCUGGAGAGAAGCACCACUGAGACGGUCCACGAGCACCAUGGAACUCCUUCAAGUGACCAUCCUUUGUCUUCUUCUGUCCAGUCUUUGUAGCAGUGAAAACAACACAGGUGUUAACAGUAUAACCACUCAUGUAUUACCAACAGCAACAAUUUCUCCAACAAAAACAUCUGCACCGAAACCAACCACAAUGUCAAAUCUUGUUAUGGAAUCGACAAUUGGAACAUCUAUAGGAACAACCAGUAAGAAACUCUCAAGUACAUCUUUGCAGCCAACGCAUUCUUCGUUAACAGCAACAGUUAAAGGUGAAGAAACCACAACCAGUGAUGUCACAAAGACUGAGUUCACCAUCACAAAUACAACAGUGACAAAGAUUCCACUUUCAAAUGCUUCUUCAACAUUACAAAGUUCCCAACAUAAAACUGAGAAUCAGAGCUCAAUCAAAACAACCGAAGCACCAGUUAACCCUCUACAUCCAGAGGCGUCACCUUCUAACCCCAGUACAUUACCCUCAAUCUCAGUUACAACGCCAGGAAACAGCUCCCAGUUUCAAGGUACUGAGGAUGCAAAAAAUGCAAGCUCUUCUUCAGCCAGCCCCUCUUACUCCAGUAUUAUUUUGCCAGUGGUGAUUGCUUUGAUUGUAGUGACACUUUCUGCAUUUGUUCUUGUGGGUUUGUAUCGAAUGUGCUGGAAGACAGACCCAGGCACACCGGAAAAUGGAAAUGACCAACCUCAGUCCGAUAAAGAGAGUGUGAAGCUUCUCACUGUUAAGACAAUUUCUCACGAGUCUGUCAACUGGAACCAGGAUUCAUCAGGUGAGCACUCUGCACAAGGAAAAUCUAAGAACUGACAGCUUGAUGAAUCCUCCCCACACCUGGGCAAUAAAUAUGCUUAAUCUUCAGCUUCUAUGCUCCAGGGAUAGGAAGGGAGAUCCGAUUUGUGGACUCAGUCCCGACUCCCAGUCCUGCUCUCCAGUCUGUGCCAGUCGCCUGUCCCAAUAAAGUGAUGUUCAGAUGACAUGCAAUAAUUCCACAGAAUCCAAAAGAAGCCUGGGCCUCUCCUAUCAUUUGGGACGUGAAAAAGCACAUUACUACAUUUUUUAAGAACAUCCUUAGGAGAUCGAGUUUUAGGAAGGACAUUUGUGAGCAGUUAACCUGACAGCCCAGGCAGGUGGGUUCAUGACGACAUGAUGUUCCUUUGAGUUUAAAGUUUCCAGAGCCAACAGUUCCUGUCCAUGGAGACUUUCCUAUUUUCUUGGUAUUCUUAUAUGACCUGAUGUUUGUAUUUAUUGUUUUGUACUAUGUUAAUGCAGGGACAAUUUGCAAGUGUAUUAUUAAAUAUUAGGUGAAUUAGAAAUCAUGCCAUGCCUCUUUGUACAUAAAGAUAUUUUAUUCAUAUUUUCAUGUGUUACUUUUAAUAAAUAAUUACUAUAUCCCACUCA